GAAGCGUGCACGGGGAGCGUAGUGGAGUCUGAAUCCGGCGGAAAGCAGGCGCACGAUUCAAGGAAAUCUGAACCAACCACAACGCAGACAAGAACCCAUUCACCGCUGGUCCUGGAGAAUUUUCGAUGCAACCCACAGUAUAUAUAAAUACGUAACUAUUCUUCAAAAUCAUAUUUUAUUAUUUCGCACGUUUAUAUCUCAGGAAACGGCAUGGCUCGCGUGGGGAACGGGGCUGGAAAUACCGACGUCGAUGUGGAGGACUGUUUUGAAGAUGCCUAUGACAGGAUUCCUGUCGCCUCCAAAAUGGAUCUGAAGACGUCCAUCGAAGAAUGCUCCAUGGCACUCAACCUGGUUCUGAACAACAAGUUCUCUGAGGCGCUGGACCUGCUCAAGCCAUGGGCGAAAGACAGCAUGUAUCACGCUCUGGGGUACAGCAGCAUCCUGGUGAUGCAGGCGGCCAUGACGUUUGAGCACAAGGACAUCCAGACAGCCAUGGCUACGAUAAAGGAGGCCUUGCAGACCUGCCAGAGGUUCAGAAAAAGGAACACUGUGGUAGAGUCUAUAUCCAGCCUGGUUUCCAAACAGGCUUCUGAUAACCUCAAGGAAGAGGAGAGACAUGCUGAGAUCUGCUAUGCUGAGUGCCUGCUUCAAAAAGCCUCGCUCACCUUCGUUCAGGAUGAAAACAUGAUCAGCUUCAUCAAAGGAGGAAUCAAAAUUCGAACGAGUUACCAGAUCUACAAGGAAUGCCAGAACAUACUAAGCGAGAGCCAGGACCUCGUUAGCAGUAGCGAGACCUUCAGACAGUUUGAGGGGGGAGUGAAACUGGGAAUCGGAUCCUUCAAUCUGAUGCUGUCGCUCUUGCCCGGCAGGAUACUGCGCUUGCUUGAAUUUAUCGGCUUUUCAGGGAACAGAGAAUUCGGCCUGUCCCAGCUUCGGGAAGGAGCUGCCAGCCACAGCCUCCGCGCCAUCCUGUGCGUGCUGACCCUGCUGCUGUACCACACCUACGUCUGCCUCAUCCUGGGUACUGGGGAGGGAAAUCUGGUGGAAGCUGAGGCCCUCCUGGAGCCCUACCUGGACAAAUUCCCAAAGGGAUCAAUCAUCUUGUUUUACGCAGCCAGGAUCGCGGUGCUCAGAGGAAGCUUUGAGAAGGCCCAGGUGAAGUUCCAGGAGUGCAUUGCCGCGCAGCAGGAGUGGAAGCAGAUCCAUCACCUGUGCUACUGGGAGCUGAUGUGGUCCCACUCCUUCCAGCAGGACUGGCUGCAGGCCUACCGCUACGCGGACCUCCUGUGCAAGGAGAGCCGCUGGUCUAAGGCUAUCUACGUGUACCAGAAAGCGGCCAUUCUGAGCAUGCUUCCCGAGGAGGAGGCUAAGAAAGCGGGGGAAAACGUGGUGGAGUUAUUCAGGCAGGUGGAGGGCCUGAAGCAGAGGCUGGCUGGGAAGUCCAUCCCAACGGAGAAGUUUGCGGUGAGGAAGUCGCGGCGGUACUCCUCCAGCUCGCCGGUGAAGCUGGUGAUCCCGGCGCUGGAGAUGAUGUACGUGUGGAACGGCUUCACCAUCGUGGGGAAAAGAGCCGAUUUGACGGAGGGGCUGCUCGUCACCAUAGAGAAGGCGGAGCAACAGCUGAGCAACGACCCCAAUCCCACCGAGUACCAGCCGGACGAUCAGUGCCUUGUGCAGAUGCUGAAGGGCCUGUGUCUGAAACACCUGGGGCGGCUGCUGCAGGCGGAGCUGUGCUUCACCCAGGUGCUCUCCAGUGAAAGGAGAAUAAGAUACGACCAUUACUUGGUGCCGUUCACCCUCUAUGAACUUGGGCUCCUGUACAAACAGCAAGGAGAUGUUGCCAAGGCAACCAGGUUCAUUGAGAAUGCUAAACUGAAUUACAAAGACUACUCCAUGGAGUCCAGGUUACACUUCCGAAUCCACGCUGCUCUCAGUAGCCUGAAGAGCUCCCCGGUCUCUACACCUUAACUCCACCUGCUUAACCACGCCUGCUGUGUGCUGCCUUCUGAGGCAAAAGGGUGACCUCUCCAGCGCACCUCUGUCCUAAAUCCACUCCAUCAGUUACUUUGAAGCUUUAUAUUUUUUUGCAAAAAAAAAAAAUAGACGGUAAAAAUAUACAUAUUUAUUUUUCUUUAAGCGGACUGAAGGAGGAGAAGCUGAGCAGAAUGAAGAAGCUAUCCCUGAAAUUUGCAGCACAUUUUAUUACCCUGCUCUACAGGCCUCUCCUUCUGGUUUUUACCACAAAACAAACAACUCACAGUUUCAGCAAGACGGUUCGUCAAUGCUGAGAGCACACACUGGUGCAAUGAUAAUAUUGAACACUAGCAGGAUAUUUCCAAGGUGAAAAUUUCUGUUGUAAGAGAUAUACUGCUGUGCUGAAGGGUAAAAUUUAAACAGGAUGUAUAUCUCUACGUAUAUGACAUUUUCUGAAAUAUUUAUUGAUGGAAAAUGCUCCAUUCUAGUGUGAACAUUAAGUACUGUAACACUUAUGGAAUAGGUUUGCCUUUCAACUAUUUAAACAAUUUUCAUAGUCUUGUAUACACAGUGGCUUACGCCAGGGACGCACAAUAUUUGAGUUUGGAGAUGAUGUACAAGAUAAGAAACUCUUCUUAGUCAAACGUAGAUGGUCACAGAGAACUUAUUUAUCUGCAAACCCAGCGGUCGUCUGCCUGGCGUCUCCUCAGGCUGGCAGCAGGCUGGUCUGCGGGUCUCAGUAUCGUUUAGGAUAGUUCAGCGUAUCCGCAUGUAAAUAGGACCUACGGAGUCCACGUGUCUGGGGUUAGAAUCGUACCAUUAAAUGUGUGAAGACUGUGUGGAGAAAAACAAACUCCAAGCAGGUGAGACCACAUUUCCUCCUGCUCCUCUUAAGAAAACCAAAGAAUGAAGUACACAGAAAGAUUGUCGAUUGAGCUUUUCUUCCAGUUCCAGUGAGUAUGUGAAUGAUUUUGGGGGAAGAAAGGAAAGGGCAUUGCUGGUAUUUGCACAUUUGACUGUUUCUGAUCAUUUUAAUGUGUAAUAUUCAUGUUUCAUAGCAGACGACUGCAUCUGUGUUGCUUUACCAAGGGUGUGGACCUGCAACCCGGGAAACGAAGACCUUAGUCAGUUCACAGGCCACAGACUGUUUCCACUAGUUUGAUAUUCUUACCCGGUGAUCAUUUAAUACAUUACCCAAUUUAACAGUUUCCACUUAUGAGUAGUUUAUUCAGUCCAUGCCCACUUGAACAGAUAAGUGCUUAGUAUGGUACCAGAUAGGAGCAAAUAUAAACUGGCGCCAUUUUGUCCCUGUUGAUUACAUGUAAAUGCAGUCUAUGUGAAUGUAUUGUGCUGUCUUUGAACCUGACCAAAUGUGUCUGUCUGUAUGUUUGUCAGUACACUCUCUUUUGCAGUGUGUGGGUACAUUGAGAUUUCACCUUUCACGCUGUUGUCGCGCUUUUACAGAAUAGCGUUUGACGGUGUCUUUGAAGAACUGUCAGGAAAAGUGCAAUAAUCACAAAAUUUGAUGAAUAUUUGAUAAACUUUAGUGCUUUUCUCGCAUCAGAUAUUUUAUGCUGUGGUUUGUUAUAGUGCAGACAUCACAGACGGUAACAACAAUACCAUCUUAGCAGCUAUUUCCAGUAAUAUUUAACUUUUGAAGAGCAAUAAUAGUUGGACAGUAGUAAUUGGUUCAGUGUUCCUGUACAGUGCAUUUUGUCCAUCACACAUAAUAAUAAGAUUUGCUUUCAUUCAGGUUUGAAGGACAUGCUUUAAACACAAAGUAGAAGAAAUUAUUCUGGUGAUUUCACAUUGAUCUAGCACUACAGUAACAUCCCCAGCACUUAGAGUAUGCAUACCUGUAUUUUGUUAAUAAUGCAAUAAAGUCCCAUAAAAAUAUUAAAUGUUAAAUAAAAAAUUAAUAAAUAACAUUUAAAAAUGCAUCACCAUUUAAGUUAAAGGCAAAGUGCAUUGCCUGGGGUGUGAAUACUACGCUCCACAGUACAGAACUUGAACUCUUUAAGACAUUUCUGAAAAAUAUGAACUAUAUGGUAAAUAUGAACUUUAUCAAUUAACCUUCUUACCAAACUCUUGAAAACUGACACAUUUCACAAUUCAGUAAAAAAUAAAGAUUUAAAUUCAAUCAAAUCAGUUUGAGAGUAAUGUAUACUCUUACGAGUAUACUUUACUCUUAAAGAGUUUAAGAGUAAUGUGUCAUUCUAAGCCAUGACAUAACUGCUGCUGUCCAUAUAUUAUUUAAUAUUCUCAUCCUCACUGUGCUAUGUAGAAAUAACUCUAUUUAUAUUUGUACUCCAUAAUAUCAUGAAAGGACUGAAAUAUCCUAUUGACAUAAAAAAUAGGAUUAAUAAAGAUUAGAUUUUCUGUGGAGAACAUUAAAUCAUUUUUUAAAUGAUUUAUAGUAGAGCGUGUUGCUGUAUUUCCAAGAUGGCUUGUAUUUGUUCAGACCUCAACUCUCUCAAAUCUUUGUUCUUUGUAUAUCCUGCCAAAGUGUUGUUAAUGAAACUUUGCAGAUAGCCAUUUUAUAGCACAAAGUUAUGUCAUACGUCCUUUGUUUCAUUGGUCUAUUAUUUUUAUCCACUGAAAAUGAUAAAAUCACUCAGUACCUUAUGAGCAGAUAUUAAUUUGAUUAUGGAAAGGCAAAUAACUCCACGGCUUGUGACGAUGAGUCUUACUUCAUGGAUGUAGCCUACAGAUCCUAAUUAUGAUCAACCUCCAAGGUGGUAACUAAGUAGACUUUGUAUACACUGGUUAUCAAAUGGCAUAGGUUAAUUAUUCACGACGUUCUUCCCUAUGGUUUGGUAUAUAAAGAAUAUGUAUAUGGGUGUCAUGAAUAAGACUACUGCUUUGAUGUGUUUGUACUGUACUGUGCAGAACUCUGGAGUAGUUAACUGCCUAAUACCGCCAUUUUGAGGAUGCCCGGAACGUGUCGAGACAAAAGUACCAGUCCCAGCAAUUCGCCUGAUUCAUUCCUGCUUUUAUUUGCUGUUCUUUUCAUCUUGAAGUUAGGUACUUUCUGUUUUUCUUUGCACGUGUUGCUGUUUUAAUUACUUAAGUUGCCUGUUGUCUGAAAAUCAAAUUUUUAACUGUUAUGGAAGAAAUAACAGUCUGCUCAACUUGUGUAUUUCGCCUGCUGUGCAGAGUAGAAUUCAGCUUCAGGAUCCUGAAAAAUAAAGCCAUGGGGUUGAGUUACCAAAA